AGAGAAAGGCAUGGCUGCAGUGCCUUAUCGUCUAGCCAUUCAAGAGGCUGCUGAACACAUUAAAAAAGAGCUGGCAGAACUGAAGGAUGCUCCAGCCUGCCUCCCUCCAUGUGGCUUCCAGAGGGAGGCCCGUCGGUUCCAGUGUUCAUCCUGCAGCAUUGUGGACUGCCAGCUGCCCAUUGACUGCCCAGUUCAAGAUGUGCACAAGCAGGAAGGGGACGGCACUCUUCUCAGCUGUGAGGUUAAAUUUCAGAUUCCCACAGACAGCACCUUCAGAUGGAAAUUUGCCAAGGAUGUGAGUGACUUCGUGCAAGACCAGUGACUUCGUGCAAGACCAGGCCAGCUCUCCAACAAAGCACUGCAUGAAUUGCAGCUCAGCCUUCCCUGGCCGGAUGUUUGA